AUGGGGACACCCCAGGGCUCUCCAGGGUUGGCUGAGCGGCGGCUCAGCGCCGUCCUCACCCUCAGGCACAAGAGAGACCCCGAGGGAGCUGCUGCUCCCCCCUCCCGCACGCCUUGUUUGCGGUGGUGCUCGGUGCCGGCUCACCCAGGCGGGUGCCCCACCGAGCUCCCCUGGUGCUGCCGCCUGCACCGGCUCCGGCGCUGCCGCUACAUCAUCCCCUGCCUGCGCUGGGGGUGCGGGACGGUGGGAUGGGGCCGGUCCGGGCUCUGGGGCUGCUGCUGUGCCUGCAGCUGUGUGAGGGUGAGUGGCGGGGUGGUGGGAGCGGGGGCCCGCCGGUGCCGGGCCCGGCUCAGGCCCCUCCGUGCCGCAGGCUCCGGGCAGCUGCGGCUGGUGGGGGGCGGCGGGCGCUGUGCCGGACGCGUGGAGGUGAAUCACGACGGUGAGUGGGGCUCCGUCUGUGUCUACGACUCCGACUGGGAAACCCGCUGGGCCACCGUGGUGUGCCGGCAGCUGGGCUGUGGCCGCGUGGCCUGGGCGUACCCGUACGCCCCGUUCGGGCAGGGCAGCGGCCGGAUCUGGCUCCAGCCCUACUUCUGCGGCGGCACCGAGGAGGUGCUGGAGGAGUGUCAGCACUUCGGAUGGGGCCAGCACAACUGCGGCCACGAGUGGGACGUGGGGGUGAUCUGCACAGGUGAGGGGGACGCUGGCCGUGCCGGGGCACCCACCUCGUGCCAGGGUGUGCCGGGCAGGGCUGAGCUGUGCCGGUGUCCCGGUGCAGAGGCCAUGGAGCUGAGGCUGGUGGAUGGUGGCGAUCGUUGUGCCGGGAGGGUGGAGGUGAAGCUGCGGGGACACUGGGGCUCGGUGGCAGAUCACAACUGGGACAUGGAGGACGCCGAGGUGGUGUGCCAGCAGCUGGGCUGUGGCUCGGCUGCCGGCGCCUACGCUGCCCGCGACCGCUUUGGCACAGGGACUGGGCCCAUCAACCUGGUUUGGGUGGACUGCAACGGGGAGGAGGCCACACUGUGGGACUGCAAGAUCCUCCUCUGGGGACCCUACAGCGAUACCCAUGAUUUCGACACCGCCGUGAUCUGCCAAGGGUUUUCCCGGCUGGUCGGAGGUGACGGAGCCUGUGCCGGGCGGUUGGAGGUGUGGCAGCGCCAGGCCUGGGUUGGCGUCUGCACGGAGCACGUGGACAUGAAGGUGGCCCAGGUGGUGUGCCGGGAGCUGGGCUGCGGCGCGGCGCUGGCCAUCCCCGGCAGCGGCCGGUUUGGGGCAGGAACGGGGCCGCUGUGGGAGGGGGGGUUCAACUGCAGCGGCACCGAGCCCCUCCUCAGCGCCUGCGCCCGGCGGGUGCCCCACAGCCAGGGCUGCGCUGGCCACGCCACCAUCAUCUGCUCCCCCUACACGGGCUUCCGGCUGGGGAACAGCAGCUCGGGCUGUGCCGGGCGGGUGGAGGUGGCGGUGAGGGGCACGUGGGGGUCCGUCUGCGCCACCGACUGGGACCUGCCCGAUGCCGACGUCCUGUGCCGCCACCUGGGCUGUGGCCAUGCCGUCACCGUGCCCCCGGGAGGCUCCUUCGGCAGCGGGGACGGGCCGCUGAGGCCGGACGCCUUCGGCUGCAGCGGGAGCGAGCGGCACCCGGGCGAGUGCCCCGUGGCGGUGCUGGGGGAGCCCCCCUGCACCCCGGGGAACGCCGCCGCCGUCAACUGCUCAGGCACCAUCAAUUCCGUGCGGCUGGUGGAGGGUGAGAGCCGGUGUGACGGGCGGCUGGAGGAGGCCAUAACCACCCCAGCCUGGCGCCGUGUGCCUGUGGAGCAGUGGAAGAGAUGGGAUGUCGACAUGGUGUGUGCUGUGCUGGGUUGCGGCCUGCCAAAGGAGAUCUACACAGCCUUGGGUAUGGCACCCACUGCACUGAACAGCAGCUCCAGGGAGGUGGAUGUCGUGACGGAGGAGAUGUACAACAUCUCGGGGAUGGGCCCUGAGCUGACCAGGAGCCUCGAGGAGACAGAGGACGUGGCAGAGGAGAUCUCCGAUGUCUUAGGGAUGGGCCCUGCACCAACCAGCAGCCCUGAGGAGAUGGUCAUCGUCUGCUCAGGCAGCCGGCGGGUGAGGCUGGCGGGCGGUGCCGGGCGCUGCGCCGGGCGCGUGGAGGUCUAUGCCGGUGGCACCUGGAGCAGCGUGUGCCAGGAGCGCUGGGACCUGCGGGCCGCCGCCGUUGUGUGCCGGGAGCUGGGCUGUGGCGCGGCACUGGAGGCCCCCGGCUCGGCGCGCUUCGGCCCCGGCGCGGGGACAGCGUGGCCGUACGUGGUUGAGUGCGCCGGGAGCGAGGAGUCUCUCUGGGAAUGCCCACGCUCGGAAGGGCGCGAGUGCGAGCGCGGGGCCGGGGCCGGGGCCGUCUGCUCAGAGCAGCUCUCCCUGCGGCUGGCGGGCGGGCGCGGGCGCUGCAGCGGGUACCUGGAGCUGCUCCACAACGGCACCUGGGGCCGCGUGUGCGCCACCGGCACCAGCCCCGGCACCGCCGCCGCCGUCUGCCGGCAGCUGGGCUGUGGGGACGGGGGGCAGCUGGCACCCGGCCCCGCCCAGCAGCCGGCCCCCGCCUGGCUGGCCUGGGUGGGCUGCGAGGAGGGGGCCCGCUCGCUCUGGGGGUGCCCCUCGGCACCCUGGCACCUGCAUUCCUGCGGCCCCGGAGGGGACGCCUACGUGUCUUGUGCGGAGGACAGUGACAACCCCAGCGAGACAGCCAGCACCCCGUGCCCGGACGGGGCCACCUGCACAGCUGUCCCCAGCAGCAGCGGCCCUGCGGUGGCCAGGGGGACUGUGCCGGUGCCAAGCGGGCAGGUGGCCAGGGGGACUGUGCCGGUGGCGGUGGUGCUGUGCGUGGUCCUGGGGACGCUGCUGUGCCUGGCCCUGGGCGCCCUGGCCGUGCUGAUGUGCCGUGCCCGCGCUUGGCGCCGAGGUGGGUCCCGGCGGGUGGGUGCCGGGGCAGAGCCGCUUGGGGGGUUCAGGGGCUCCCCCCGUGUGGAACGGCUCGGAGGGUGGGCAGUGGGUGACCCCGGUGCCACCCACGGUGCCCACGGCCCUGGGAGAGCGCUGCCUCUUGUUGCAGGCCCCGCCAGAGCCGUGGGUGCCAUCCCCAACGCCAUCUACGAGGAGCUGGACUACAGCGCGAUGCCGGAGUACCAGGAGGUGCCCCGUCGCCCAGGUUCCCCGCGGGAGGGCUCAGUGAAGAAGCUGCUGUAUUACACCGGGGACAGCGUGGAGGGGAGUGACAGCGGGGCAGCCCCAGUCCCAACCCCCCCUGCCCUGCCUGGGCACGGAACCUCGGAUGGCUACAACGAUGCCACAGCAGGAAUGCCGGAUGGCUACGACGAUGCCACAGCAGGAACCCUGGAUGGCUACGACAAUGCCAUGGCUGGAACCCUCGAUGGCUACGACGAUGCCACGGCUGUGCCAGAGGAGUCUCCCGCUCCCAGCACUGGGGACAUCUCCGAGGGGGUGGCACAGAGAGGCUGGAUCUGUGUCCCACCCACAGGUGGGAGCUGCCCCCCUCCAAGUCCCCCUGGAGCCACAAGGGACCCCCCGGGACAGCCCCCGGGGCACAUGGACUAUGAUGAUGUCGGCACCGGCGCCCCGGGGAUGUCGCAGUGAGGAUGUCCCGGCCACGUCCCAUCCCUGGGGACACAUGUGCAGGGUGGGGGGCUCUGUGUCAUCAUCUCUGAUAAUGUCAUUUGGGGCACUCCGGUGUCACUGGGAGGGUGGUGUUGCGGUGGAGAAAAUGAGUGGGGAAUCAAGGGGGUCAUGUGGGUUCCCCAAAAGGGGAGGGGACAGCCCAAAAAUGCCUUAAAAUUCAUAAGGAGGGGCUGUGUGACUCUGUAAAAUACUAAACCUUUUAAAUUU